AGACGCAUAUCUAAACUGUUCAUGACUAUGACUCAACAGUAGAUCAUCAGAAGUCAUGACAACACCGGAUUCGGAUAGCAACGCCGAUCCAUUUGGUGGCUCAGAUCCUCCUUCAGCACCACUCACAUUCCGUGCCCCGCCUGUCUCAAACUGUGCUAAAUCAAUAAUCGACCGGAAGUUGAGAAAAUAUGCAUCCGAAACAUCGUUUGCAACUGAAACCGCUAGUGAAUCAAGUCUCGAACGAGAAGUUCCAAGUAGAUCAAGAGUUUUCACAGUAAAACCAGUUGGAACAAGAACACCUGGUGGUAUUGUCUUAACGAAUGGUGCAAGUAAUAGUAAUAGUACAAAUAACGGCGGAGUUCAUCGGAGCAGAAGAAGACACGAUUCGGAUGCAAGUGGAUCAGCUAAUUCAGAAGCCACCGUAGCUUCUGGAGCCAAUACACCAAGAAGAUGUCAUUUUAGAAGACCAAAAUCAACAAGUGAAAUGCAUCAAUCGUGUACUUCUGCAACAAUUCAUUCACUGGAAAGUCAUCACAAUGAGGAACGGAGAGCUAGUCACGUUUAUAUGAUUGAUGAUGAUUCUGUUCAUGAAUUUGAAGAUGAUGACGGUAAGUAAAGGUUUUGAUGAUCUACCAGGCUUUCAGUAAAACUUCAAACUGGAGUUUAAAUGUCUGUUGGCUCUAAACUAUAGCUAUAGUAAGAGAUGAAUUUAUUGAAUACAAAUUUCAUUGUUUCUAUUAAAACGGUUCUUAUAUUAAAAAUCGAUUUCAAUAUUGUUGUAAUUAACUCUGUUAGUAAACUGCUUGAUAUUUAGAAUAUGCAAUUCUUCAUCAUUAUUGACGCGUACUUUUAAAGAAUCCACUAGACUUAAAGUGAUAUACUUUGCUGCUAAAUAAAAGUUGAGACUAACGAUCUAGAAUUAAGAUCUUAAUGAUAUUUUGAUCCAUUUUCAUUCUUCUGGCACCUAUUAAAUGUCAACUCUCCGCAGGUUAACCACAAAUACAUUGUCCAAAAAUGCAUGCCUUUUUCAUUGCAAUCUAAAAUUGUUCACGGGGGACCCAAGCAGUCAACCAACCUGCUUUUUCAUCCUCUUCCUUCCUCUUUCUUCUAUUAUCUGCAGUGUUUUUAUUUAUUUCGUGGCGUCCGUCGUGUCCACGUAUUUUUUCUUUGAAAACAUGCUUGGCACCUAAGCUCCGCGGUUCCACAAUGGUUCAGCGAUUCACUUCUUGUGCUCAUGACACUUUCAUGAGAUAUGAGUGAAAAAGAAAGAAAGAAAGAUAUUCACUGUUCAGUAAAAACACAGAGGAAACAGAAAGAAAAAGGAGAAGAAGUUAAAAAAAAAGAGAGUAAGAAGAGAAGAAGCUCGUGUCAUCGCAAAUUGAAUUUCGGCUCAAGAAACGCUGUGAAGACGUCGCCGCGGCAUGGAGGCGCACAAUUCAGAUGACAUGAUGAGUUGUAGUAUGGAGACAUAAUUUGCGUUCACUUCAACUUAUGGAAACUGAUGCUUCAUUCUUUUUUCUUGAAGAUGUGACACGAAAUAGAGAAAGGAGAAGAUCCUACAGCAACAAAAAAGCGAGAAGAUUCGGUAAUCAAAUUGGCUCGUCGGACAGAUUGUGCCCCGCGGGGGAUGCGGCUCUUUGAACUCUUGAGAUGACAUCCUAUUUCUUUUUCGGAAAAAAAUUGAGAAGAUUAUUCAUAGGAAUUCUAUUUCUGACGAAAAUACGGAUUGAUAUUGGAUUGAAAAAGAUUUAAAUUGGAAAAUAGAGGUCUAGUGUGUAAAUGUGUUGACAAAUUCUCUUAUCCUAUCUCGGAAUUUGUCUGUAACUUCUAACUGAAAUUUCAUCUUGGAAAAUAAUAUUUACAAAACUUUGCUGAUUUUUCUGAAAUGUCUCAUCCGAGCCCUGAAGUUUGAUAAAUAUAGAUCUAAGUUUAACACUAAAGAGAGAAAAUUAGGACAAAUCUUCAGUAAAAAUUCGCAAACUCUUGCAUACACUUGAUCCAAUAUUUCCUCAAAUAUCAAUCCUAGAGUCUUCACUUUAAUCUAAUAAUUUAACCGAAAUGUCAAAUGAAAUGAUCUCGGGUCGAAAAAAUCGAAUGUUCCAGCAUCAUUGUUCUCACAAUUUCUACGUAAUACUACAGUAGUCUCUUCGUUGAAUUAAAAUUGUGUCAAAAAUAAGAUUCAAAGAAUUGAGCCACUUUGCACCAAUGACUUCAUUUUUCUAUUCUUGCAAAAAACAACGAGUGAUUCAACAUCUAGUUAUUAUUAGAACACAUCAUUUUUCUUAUAUCCGAGCACUUCAAUAUCCACUUAUCCCCCGUAAAAAACUUGUUCAGCAUGUUCGGCUGUGCUCUUCUUUUUGUACUUCCGUGCACACUUCCUUCUGAAAAAGAGUAAUCAUCAAAGGCUAAAAAUGCGCACGACGGCGGAUCGUCUCUGAAUAAAAAAGGAAACGAGAAAGGAAAGAAGAAGCAGUCCCGAAAUCCGAUUCAUCAAUCCCAUAAUAUGCGGCGCCGGCGGUUCUUCUCCCCCUUCGUUUUUCCUUCUUCUUCUUGUCGUCAACGACUCUACUGAGUAGUGAAUGGAAUGGGCAUGAAGUAAAAAAGGGGCAGGCUGAAGAAAAAAGAGAGCGCUGAGAGAGAAUCUAAAAGUGGUUUGUGCUGCUGCUGCUUCUGCUGCUCGUGAAGCUCCCUAGCUCCGCCCCAAAAGGGAAGCAGUGCCCCCUAGGCCAGUCCAUCGUGGACGGCUCCUUGACGUAGUCCAAUAUUCUCAAUUUCUUCAUUAAUAUUAUUAUUAUUAUUACUUACUAAUGAAUGUCACCAAUGUGAAGGUGUUCGUUUCGAAUGGAAGUGUUCGAAAAGGAUCAGACGUCGACUCGUACCGCACACCACUCGAUUUUGCCAGCUGCAGUUCGGGCAUUUCAGAAGAAUACCCUCUGCUUCUGAAAAAUGGUGACGAUGGAAUCAGUCAGGGAGGUAUUUAUAUUAAGAAACCAGAUCCCAGGCAACGAGUGAUGGCUAGAAGAACAUCACAUACUCUUUUGUAUGUUCCUGAACAACGACGAAUAUCAAAUGUUUCUGGAAACUCGGUUGCAUCUUGCCCACCCGGUACAGUACAAACUUCUGGUGAGGAAGAUGACAAAGUACCCCCUGCUCCAUCAUUUUCUCUUCAUCUUAGUCCAGUUGGUACAAGAAGAAAAUCUGUUCAAACGGGAGCACCUGCCAUUGGGUUUCGUCCAUUGAAAACAUUUGAACGACGUGCGAGUCAGCCUACACUACAGUUUGAGGCUAAAAAAGCAACAAUGAACAGUGGUACAAGUUCAGGUGGAACCGCAGGAGGAACAGUCAAUUUAAUUAAUACAGCUCAAUCGACAACUAUUUCUCUACCUCCUGAUAAAGCUAAAAUGCUAACAAAAAGAGUAUCCUGGUUAUCAAUGAAGUCGUUGCAACAAGAGGAUCCAAAGACUCGAAGAUCAAGUGCAUGUGGCUCACCACGUGGUGGAUCUCCAAGUCGAACUCUUUCCCAAUAUGGCUCCCAACCAUUUUUAGCAGAAGAUCGUGAUUUUGACAGUGAUACUCCGCCAUUGGAUACUCUCAGUUGGAGUAAUGCUGGAAAUGAAUAUGACAAUGUGACCUUGAUGUACGCAAAACAUGAAAAGAUUCCGAUGAAAGAUUUUGGAUCCGAGAUCAGAGCAACAAUGGACAUUGAUCAUCUGUUGAAUAAAGCGGUUCUUCUACUCGAUCUUCAGGAGACGAGUCUCGAAGAGAUUUUUGCCAAAAUCAUUCAUGAAAUGGAUAUUCAAGAACCAGAAUUUACAAGUGAACAAGUGAGAAGUGUACUUUUCACACAAGACGCUGGAAAUCAGUUUCAUAUUCUGUCUCGAACAGUUCAAUCAAUAUGUACCACUGGAUCAGUUGGCGGAAGUUUCGAUUACGAUCAAACGUGGAUUUGUGCAUUAUGUAUGCUAAACACUGUUCAACAUCGUCAUGUUGCUAUUGCUCGUCUCUCUCAUCCAACAAAUUUGGGUAGAACUAUGCAAGAUCUUCGAUUUAUCAUUAUUGUGAUUGCACCAAGCAGGGCGAAAGGAACAAAAACUGCACUGGAAACGACACGAACCUUUGCCACACUUUUUGCUGACAUGGAGAUCCGUCAACGAUUGGUGAUGGCACAAAGUGUUGAACAGUUUAGAUCAACUCUUCUAUCAGCAGCAAAAGAAUUGGCAAUGGAUCAGAAUCAAUGGAGGGAACGGAAAUCAUCGAUUCAUUUGAGUCAUGCAAAAGAGCAGAUUUUUGGCCCAGAAGCUUGGUAUCCAUUUCGAGGACUGGUUGAAGAGUUCAAGCGACGUCUCGCAAUAUAUCCAUCAGAUUAUCUUGAUGGUAUUCGUGGACAUAAAACAGUCCAAAAAUUGUUCUCUACUGUGGUUUUCUUGUAUUUUGCGUGUCUUUUACCUGCAAUUGCAUUCGGUGUGCUCAAUGAUGAUAAUACAAAAGGAGCUAUUAAUGUAAGAAAAGUGAUAAUUGCUCAAGCAAUCGGUGGAAUCUUCUUUUCUCUUUUCGGUGGUCAACCAAUGAUUAUACUAUUAACAACAGUGCCUUUAGCAAUUUAUAUAAAAGUGAUAUUCAAAAUAUCUCAAGAACUUGGUUAUGACUUUCUGGCAAUGUACGCGUGUGUCGGGCUGUUUUGUCAAAUGUUUUUGAUACUUUACUCGGCGACCGAGCUGUGCAGUUUAAUGAAAUUCGCAACAAGGUCUGCCGAGGAAAUGUUUUCACUCUUCAUAGCUAUCGCAUUCACGGUCGAAUCUAUACGGGCAAUACACAACAGUUUCAAAAAGAACUACAACGAUUGUGACACAUCGGCCAUAUCAAUGAAAGCAGCUAGGACAGCACUAAACGCCUUCAAAAACGGUUCGAACGCAGACAGUAUUGUAGGAAAUAUCACAAGCAGUAUGAGCAUCGGAGAUACGGGAAGUCUCUGUCGAAGAGACACAUCAAUUCUCUAUAUGCUUCUCAUGUUUGGAACACUUUGGCUUGGACUAUUCUUGUACAAUUUUCGAAAAACUCCAUAUUUGACAAGGUCUCGACGCGAAUGGCUUGCGGAUUAUGCACUUCCAGCAUCAGUUCUCAUUAUGUCAUUCACUGGAUCGUACGCUUUCUCAGAUAUUGAGAAAGAUCGAUUCAAUCUUCGUUUCGAGUUCCCCUUGAUUCAAAUGGCUGACGUAACUUCACUGCCACCAUCCGGAUAUUUUGUGUGCCUUCUUCUUGGAUUCUCCUUGUCCUUUUUAUUUUUUAUUGAUCAAAAUAUUACUUCGGCAAUUGUAAAUAACAAUCAGAAUAAACUUAAAAAGGGAACAUCUCACAACUUGGAUCUUUUCGUUGUUGCUCUACUCAACAUGUUCUUAUCGGUUUUUGGUCUUCCUUGGAUGCACGGAGCCCUCCCACACUCGCCUCUUCAUCUCAGAGCCUUGGCUGAUGUUGAGGAAAGGGUUUCUCAAGGACAUGUUCAUGAAGUAAUAAUGAAUGUUCGUGAGACUCGUCUCGCUUCUCUCAUUGCUCAUGUUAUGAUUCUUGUUUCAAUGUUCUUCCUGAUUCCGUAUCCACUUCAACUCAUCCCAACAUCUGUUCUACAUGGUCUUUUCCUAUACAUGGCACUCACGUCGUUGUCUGGAAAUGAGAUGUUUGAACGAUUACUUCUAUUGAUAACUGAACAGCAAGCCUACCCACCAACUCAUUACAUUCGUAAAGUGCCCCAACGAAAGGUGCAUCUGUUCACAGCCUGCCAACUGCUCCAGCUUAUUAUUCUCUGUGCAUUUGGUUUUUCACCGUAUCCAUUCAUCGAGAUGGUGUUUCCAAUUGUGUGUUUCUUCUUUCUACCUAUUCGACACACGUUGAUUCCGCGUCUCAUUGAUUACAAGUAUCUGGAUGCUCUUGACGGUCGUCAUUAGAAGAUCCAGAUCAAUUCAAAAUUUGUUCCUGGAUCCUACUUCUUUCCCAAUUCUCCCGUCCCAUUCAAUAAGUAGAUGAGUACUUUCACAUUCUCAUACGGGUGACAUUCCGCUUUCCCUCAAGUCAAUCCCCACAAGUUGCUGUAAAAUUGCUCCUUUUUAAACUUUUUUUUUUGAACAUCCCGAACAAUCCGUUUUUCCGAGUGACCUUAUUUGUUUCAAUUCUACCCCCAAAUUGCCCAACUUCAUUUCCUUUCAAUUUUCUAGAGAAAAAUGUAAAAUAGAACGAGAAAGAGAUGAUUAUUUUAUAAAAGAAACGUGUUGG